AUUUAGAGUCACCAGUUAACCUAACCUGCAUGUCUUUGGACUGUGGGGGAAACCGGAGCACCCGGAGGAAACCCACGCGGACACGGGGAGAACAUGCAAACUCCGCACAGAAAGGCCCUCGCCGGCCCCGGGGCUCGAACCCAGGACCUUCUUGCUGUGAGGCGACAGCGCUAACCACUACACCACCGUGCCGCCCCUCUUCAACAAAUGAUUUGGUUAAAAAGUUCAGCAGUUUAUCAGCAGCCCGGUUUCCGGUCCACACUCCGCGCCUUUACAGCCUUUUCCUUAUUUUGCCGCAUUUCCAGAGUUACAAACUUCUCUCUCUCUCUCUCUGUCCCUGUCGCGCGCAGGACCUGUGCAUUUCUACGCAUGCGCUAUAGGGGGCGCUCUUGAGCAACACCAGCAGGAGGGUUGCAGGCAAGCUGAAGCCUAUCCCAGCUAACUAAGGGCGAAAGGCGGGUGUGGCAGCGGGGGCGUGGUCAAGCAUCAGUCUGUGACCGGAGGGUGGAGUCGGGGAAGGUAAGUGGCAGAAUCACUGCACCUGUCGUUAAUUAAUGUGUUUGUGUGUCUUCCCCAGUGACCGCGCCCUAUUUAAGGAGAGAGAGCGAGAGCAGAGGGAGCUCUCUCCCUAACCAGACGACUGAUGUGUGUGCAUGUGCCUGAGUGUGUGUGAGAGUGUAUAUAGAAGCUGAAAAGCUGAAUAAAAGAGAGUUUUGUGAACUCAGUUCUGGCCUGCCGUCCUUCUGUGCUCCACCCCCCCCCUACACGAACUGUCACAGUGGUGCCGAAACCUGGGACGAGCACAGAAGAGAACAGCCCCAUGGAGUCCUCCCCCUUCGCCGACCUGAUCCACGCCCUCACCACGGCCCAACAGAGCCAGCACCAGGUGCUGCUCGCCCUCCGAAAGGAGCAAGAACAACGGUUCGAGGCCCUGGUGCUGGCGCAACAGGAAGAUCGCCGGGCAUUCCGGCACCUCCUCGCAUCGGCGGGGUCCACCAUCUCCACCGCCGCGGGCCCUUCCCCCCUCACCCUCACGAAGAUGGGCCUGCAGGACGACCCCGAGGCCUUCCUCAUGCUCUUUGAGCAGGUAGCAGAGACCUCGGGGUGGCCGGUGGAACAGCGCGCAGUGUGCCUCCUCCCCCUGCUAAAGGGAGAGGUGCAGCUGGCCGCGCUACAGCUCCCUGCCGACCGCCAGCUGGCCUACGCGGACCUUCGCUGGGCCAUCCUCCAGCGGGUGGGGCGCACCCCCGAGCAACAACGUCAGCGCUUCCACGCUUUGUGCUUGGAGGAAGUCGGCCGGCCGUUCACGUUUGGCCAGCAACUCCGGGACGCCUGCUGGCAGUGAUUGAGGGCUGACAACCGCGACGCCGAGGGACUCAUCGACCAGGUGGUACUGGAGCAGUUCGUCGCCCGUUUACCAGUGGGAACUGCAGAGUGGGUCCAGUGCCACUGCCCGGCGUUGCUGGAUCAGGCAAUCGAGCUGGCGGAGGACCAUUUGGCGGCCGUCCCGACGGCAGGACAGCAGACGACCUCUUCUCUUCUCUCCUCUCUCUCUCUCUCUCCCCCCUCCUCCUGUGUCUCCUCCUCGCCCCAUUCCCCCACCGCGGAGGCGGGGGCCGGCACCACCCCAGCUGGCCCGCCGCACCCGCGGUGCCCUCCCGUUUCUCCCUUCUGUGUCUGUCUCUCCCCCCCCCCCCCCCCCCCCAGGUGAGUGAGCCCCAGAGCACUAGUGCAGAGAGGAAGCCCGGGCCGGUUUGCUGGUGCUGCGGGGAGCUGGGCCACCUCCAACAGCAGUGCUUGGUAAUGGAGGUGGGCGCGGUGGUUCGGAUCCCCGACGUGCCAGGAGCUGCCCUCGAUCGGGCCGGAGCGUAUCGCAUACCGACGGAUGCGUCGGACAGAAGGCUGGGGGCCGUUUUGUCCCAGGAGGUGGAGGGGGAGGAUUGCCCAGUACUGUAUGUCAGUCGCAAGCUGUCGGUGCAUGAGGGGCGCUACAGCACCAUUGAGAAAGAGUGCCUGGCAAUCAAGUGGGCGGUACUCGCCCUCCGUUACUACCUGCUGGGAUGCCCUUUCACCCUCUGUUCGGACCACGCGCCCCUCCAGUGGCUCCACUGCAUGAAGGAUGCCAACGCGCAGAUCACCCGUUGGUAUCUGGCACUCCAACCCUUUAACUUCAAGGUGAUCCACAGGCCGGGGGCGCAGAUGGUCAUGGCGGACUUCAUCUCCCGUUGGGGGGGGGAGUCAGUUGCAGGCCGGACAGCCGCCCGGCCUGAGUCGGGCGGUAGGGGUAUGUGGCAGCGGGGGUGUGGUCAAGCAUCGGUCUGUGACCGGAGGGCAGAAUCGGGGAAGACAUCAGUGAUGCUGACCUCUUCUGCUCCUCGGACUUGCCUGAGCCAUCCUGAUGCCCUGUGUCUGGCUGGAGUCUCAUCUCAUCGCUCCUGUGGAGGACGGCCCCAUAUGGACAGUCGAAAGUCGCACUUGGAAGACGCUCUGGACACUUACAGUAAUACAUCUAUGCCUGAGGACUUCAAUUGACUUGUGAACUUUAGGACUGCAGUUGUCAUGAACUGUUUUGCACUCAAGUUUCCAUCAAUGAACAGUUUAUAACUUCAACAAAACAGACUUCAUGUUAAAACUAUAAUGAAUUUCCUGGUUACACAGUUAUACUUUGUGACUAUAUAGGAUACUAUUAUAGAAGCAAAAUAUUUAUAAUCACGUUAUCUGCUAUCACCCAAAUGAGGAUGGGUUCCCUUUUGAGUCUGGUUCCUCUCAAGGUUUCUUCCUCAUGUCGUUUGAGGGAGUUUUUCCUUGCCACCGUCAUCACAGGCUUGCUCAUUGGGGAUAAAUUAGUGAUAAAAUUAGCUCAUGUUUAAAGUUUUUAAUUUUCUGUAAAGCUGCUUUGCAACAAUGUCUGUUGUGAAAAACGCUAUAAAAAUAAACGUGACUUGUUCAUGAAGGCA